UUAUAUAAAUGUUUGUGUAUUUCAUUAGUUUUUACGCCUUUACUAACAUUGAAAUUCGUGCACUUAUAUUUCUAGUAAUUCUUAAAUAUCACUUGGAAAUAAGAUCACUGUCUUUUUGACCAGAAUAUAAACUCUAUAGAUUUAUUCAAAGCUUGUGCUAAUCACUUUGUCAACCAAGCGUACUUAUGUUUACACCGGUCCGCCCGUUCUAUAGCCCAGUUGCUAGUUUAUGUGCACGCUACCUGAAGGAAACCGACCAUAUCAAUAGGUCAUACCUAUUAUGCCUGGCUAAGAUUUUCAUUAUAAACACAUCGCUUCAUUGAAAGGGACUUUUGUGUGUAAGAUCUGAGAACGUGCUUACUUGGAAAAAAAUCUUUGAAAGUUGAAAUUAAAAUGGAGGGAAGGAAAAUACAAAUUUUCUCCGUCCCCCCAUUACUCUCCGCUCUCAGAUUUUCUAGAAAUUAAGACAUUUUCAGGGGGAACAGGAACAGUCUUGUAAAGUUUUUAUUUGGUACUGAGUUACAAGUGGUGACUUCUGUCAUACAGCUAUGCUCUUCGUUGUUGAGUUAUAGUUUGACUGUUUGGUUUUGGAGUUUAUGUUGGUUCUUUUUUUCCCAAGAACACGAUGAGUAUUUUAACUAUAUAGAAGUUAAUUUGUUAUUCAAUUGUGGAAGGGUUUAUGAAACUAUAUUAUAAUUUCGCAGAUGGUGGGCUGUAUUAAUGAAAGAACUCUUGGACGAAUUGUAUUGUUGUCUUUCCCUUGGCUGAAGUUGCAAGAUCUGUAACUUAGACCUCCCAUGUGGUGAUAUGACUAUGCCUAUGGAUUUCGUAGAAUUAUCCUGUAUAAAGGCUUGAAGAGAUCAACUGAUCCAGAAUGACCUACCCUCUGGUUUCACUUGUGUCAUUGUUGACAUUCAAUGUAUUUGUGCCUAUCGCCUGUCAACUAGCACACUGCAAACUGUCCACUAGUAAUCAAGUUAUUAAAGCAAGACAAUGGCCAUCUAUUAGUAAAAUCGACAAAAGAGAUUUUGUGGAAUAUCACGUGACCUACAUCAAUGAUAACAAGGAGAAUAUAACUUCGUUAGACACGGCCAACACAACAAGAUUUCAACCAUUGCGUUGGUUUAAUAUCAACGAAAAGAUCCGGAAUAUCUUACCAAUGAUCUACGACUACUUCUUCACCAUCUCCAGCUCUUUAUUCGAUAUACAGACUGUACAUAUUGAGUUAAAUGCCACUCCAAACGAUUGCAUACGCUCCACAGAUUACGAAGAAGUAGAAACAAUAACAAGACAGUAUUUGUUGAAAGAAGUUCUGACUGCCAAUUCUCAGCUUUGUUCAGCUCAUUUAGAGAACAGUGGCAAUACUGGAGUAAUAUCAUUUAAAUGUUGUCACAUUGAUGAGUCUUCAAAUGAAACAGUUUGUGAUGAUAUCAAGGAAAACGUGGUCUGGUUGACAGGCGUCAAUAUUGCAGCAAUAAUUGCAUCGACAGUGAUCUUGGGAUUGAUUUUUUUUCUCAUUCUACUGUCGCCUACUGGGACUGAGAACUUUGACUUCUAUCCAAAAAAUAUGGUGAUUGGUUUUAAAAGAAGCAAUGAUACUAACAAUACAGAUAUAAGAGUUCCAAUUUAUGGGAAAGUAAACAAAUUCAAAUCAAUAAUGAAAAUUACAGAUGAAAAUGGAGUAUCAAACAUAGAAAGCAUUAAACUCUUGUUGACUAAAAGACAUUGUGUAGAUGAAAUUUACUCGGCCAUAACAUUAUUUCGAUGUAUAAGAGAAUUCAUCACUGAUAUAAGCAGUUCAUAUUGUAGACCUUCAAAAAACUUGAAUAAAUGCUGUGGCUGUUUUCAUGGUAGCUGCUUAUCAAAUGAAUGUUGUUCCGUUGAUCAUCCAAUCUGUUUUCCAUUUAUCCGUUUAUACUUUGGGAAGUUUGUGUUUGGUCUCCUUUUUCUAAUAGUUAUUAUUCCGUACGUUGUUCUUCUCAAUAGACAUUACAAUGAUUUCAACACAUUGUGCUCUGCAUUUAAAACUAAAAGCUUGAGCUGUCCAUUUUAUGCAAAAGAACCUGACUUUUUUUUUCUUUUUAUCUGCUGUGCUUAUAUUUUCGUACUUUUGGUCUGGUUUUUUAUACCGAAUAAUGAUUUUAUAACAAUGUUACCACUUCAGUUACCUUGGAGUAAAAUAAAUGAUAAAGAUAAAUUUAGUUGUUCCCCAUCUAUACAAAUAUUUCGAAUAAUUCUCAGCCUCGUUUCAACUGCAAUUAUCUAUAUCACUUGGGGUUUCUUCCUCUAUUUCUGUAUUACUUUCUUUCUGAGGGUUUUAAUCCUAUCAGCGAGCACUCGAAAUAUCUUGGACGACUUAGCCUUGGUGUUUUUUCCUUUAUUUGCUGUUGUUUACGAUUAUAUCACAAACGUGACAAGAGAAUUCAAAGUGAUUUCAGAAAAUAUUUUUGAUCUUGUUCGCAAUGACGAUGAGUUUAAGAUUUCUCGUACAAAGGACGAAUCAAACGAGGCAGUUCCUCACUCGAAUGAUGGUCAAAGCAUCAAAGGUUCUUUAUUCUAUAUAGCAGAUGAUCUUCGACUACAAAUCAACUGCCCAAUUAUUUUUCUUAAGAAGAAUGGUAAAAUGUUAAUUAGCAAAAGAAUUGUUACACAAAUCUAUAACGACACAUCUGACUGGGUUCUCUGUGAACUUAGCCCCUAUUUAAAGGCCUUUCUGAUGUCUUUGGUCCCUUGUGCAAUCUACACUUUAGUAUUCAUCUUGUUUGUCAGCUACACUUCUAUUUUCUCGUAUUCCUCUGAGGUGGCUGGAUACACCGCUACUGCACUAACCGGUCUUAAAUUGGUGAACUCUAAAGUUGAGUCAUUGAUUAAAGAAAUUCGAUUUUCAAGUGAAUCUUCAAAAGAAAAAAUCAAAAAAAUGCUGAAACGAGAACGAUUAAAUUUUCAAGAGUCUUGGAUAGUUACUGACAUAGUCUUGAAAACAGAUGCACAGAAACCACCAGGAACAAUUGAGGAAGAACCCCAAAUAGAUAGAAACAAGACAGAACAUCAAGUCAUUUCAGAAAUAUCCACUAAUCCUCAAGCUCCAACUUUAGAUACAAAAAUAUAAAUUCAACAGAGAGAGAAAAAGAGAUUAGAUAUAAAUAUAGAUAUAGAUACUGGGCCGGCCUUACUAAUUGUGGGGUCCAAUUUAAUGGAUGCUUGCGAUGAACUAUUAAAUUAUCUUUUUUAAUAGCAGCUAUUACUAUUAAUUAGAUAUUUGUAGCAACAUUUAUUAUACACCAUGCACAGGAAUCAACUCUUAGGCGCCGGUGGGUUAAUUAAAUUUACGUCAAUGAUCAAUUGCUCGAUACAGUAAAGAAGUUAACCC